AUGUACCUCUUUCCAGGCAUUGGACUUGGUGCUCUUCUAUGUGGCUCCAGGAUCAUUUCCGAUGGCAUGUUACAGGCUGCAGCAGAGUGCCUAGCAGCAUAUAUGACUGAAGAGCAGGUUCUCGAUGGGGUUAUAUACCCUUCAACAUCUAGAAUACGGGAUAUAACAAAGGAGGUAGCUGCAGCUGUGGUAAAGGAGGCUAUUGAAGAGGAUUUAGCAGAAGGAUACCGUGAAAUGGAUGCCCGAGAACUACAAAAACUUCCCCCCCCCCCGAGUCAAAUCAACCGCGGCGCGUCUGCCGCGAACAACUAG